CUUGCUGUAUCUAAAAGUAAAACUUAAUUUCUUGCUGGCUAAAAUUUGCUAAUCAUACUUUGAGCAAGCCAGGUUUUACUUAAUGUUAGUAAAGUCUGCUAUAAUUUUUACCAGGCCUCUUGGCAGCUGAGUGAUUAAUAGCUUACAUCUGUUAUCUGUGUUUUUUAGGUGUGUGGUGGGUUGAGCUUGGCUGGAUGUCAGGUGCUUGCCAAGGCACUCUAUCACUCCCCUCUUCAGCAGGAUGGAGUGAGGGGCAAGAAAAUAUGAUGAAAAAUUAAAAAAACCUUAUGGGUUGAGAUAAAGGCAGUGUACUUUUAAGGAAAAGUGAAGAUCAUGCACAAGCAAAAGGAAGAAACAAAAAUUUUAUUCUCUUAUUUCCAUCAGCUAGCAAUGUCCACCACCUCCUGGGAUGCAGGACUUCAGCACAUGUAGUAGUUGCUUUUCCUCUUAUAUUUUUUAUCUGGGCAGGCAUCAGAUAUAGAAUAUACCUUUGGAUAGUUUAGAUCAGCUGUCCUGGCUAUGUAGCCUUCCUCACUUCUUGCCUGCUCCCAGCCUUCUGGUAGGGGGGAAAGGUUGGGUUGCAUUGAUGCUGUGUGAGCACUGGUCAGCAGUAGCCAAAACACUGCUGUGAUACCAGCACAAAACACAGCACUACGAGGAUUGCUGAAGGGAAGAUGAACUCCCACUCAGGCAGACCCAACACAAAAGUGUCAGCUCUUGCUCACAUUGUUUAUGUCUCUAUUGAACAGGUUCUCCACAGGCAGGUAGAGCAAGAGCCUCACAAUGUGUGGUAUCUGGGCCCUGUUUGGGAGCGAUGAAUGCCUUUCUGUGCAGUGUCUAAGUGCCAUGAAGAUAGCACACAGAGGUCCUGAUGCAUUUCGUUUUGAGAACGUCAAUGGUUUCACCAACUGUUGUUUUGGUUUCCACCGCCUGGCAGUUGUUGAUCAGUUAUAUGGUAUGCAGCCUAUCCGGGUGAAGAAAUUCCCAUACCUGUGGCUGUGUUACAAUGGAGAAAUCUACAAUUUCAAACAGCUGCAGAAGCAGUUUGGAUUUGACUAUCAAACAUUAGUGGAUGGUGAGGUUAUCCUUCAUUUGUACAAUAGAGGAGGAAUAGAACAAACAGCAUCCAUGCUAGAUGGUGUAUUUGCUUUCAUCCUUCUGGACACUGCAAACAGAAAAGUGUUUCUGGCAAGAGAUACCUAUGGAGUCAGACCACUGUUUAAGGUGCUGACUGAUGAUGGAUUUUUGGGUGUCUGUUCCGAGGCAAAAGGACUCAUCAACUUAAAGCAUUCAACAUCCUUAUGUUCUAAAGUGGAACCAUUUCUUCCGGGUCAUUAUGAAGUGUUGGACUUAAAGCCCUCUGGCAAGGUUGCAUCAGUGGAAUUAGUAAAAUUUCAUAGCUGUAAAGAUGAACCACUCCAUGUUGCAUGUGAUACAGUGGAAGCUCUGCCUUCAGGUUUUGACCUUGAAACAGUGAAAAGCAACAUCCGUCUUCUCUUUGAGAAUGCUGUUAGAAAACGUUUGAUGGCUCACAGAAGGAUUGGUUGUCUUCUGUCAGGGGGCUUAGAUUCCAGCUUGGUUGCAGCUGUUCUUCUGAAACUGAUGAAAGAAAUCAACAUCAAUUAUCCUUUACAAACCUUUGCAAUUGGGAUGGAGAACAGUCCUGACUUACUUGCUGCCAGAAAGGUGGCAGCCCAUAUAGGCAGUGAACAUCAUGAAGUAAUACUUAAUACAGAAGAGGGAAUUCAGGCAAUAGAGGAGGUUAUCUUCUCAUUGGAAACCUACGACAUAACAACAAUAAGAGCUUCUAUUGGUAUGUAUCUUGUCUCCAAAUAUAUCCGGAAGAAAACAGACAGUGUGGUCAUUUUUUCAGGAGAGGGAUCAGAUGAGCUGACACAAGGAUAUAUAUAUUUCCAUAAGGCCCCAUCUCCAGAGGAAGCUGCAGAAGAGAGUGAGAGGCUUCUGAAGGAGCUCUACCUGUUUGAUGUACUUCGUGCAGACAGAACUACUGCAGCACAUGGCCUUGAACUGAGAGUCCCAUUUUUGGAUCAUCGGUUUACUUCUUAUUAUUUAUCUCUGCCAGCAGAACUGCGAAUCCCAAAGAAUGGAAUUGAGAAAUACCUUUUAAGAUUGUCCUUUGAAGAUUCCAAUUUACUUCCCAAAGAAAUUCUCUGGAGACCCAAAGAAGCUUUCAGUGAUGGUAUAGCAUCAGUAAAGAAAUCCUGGUUUUCCAUUCUUCAGGACUAUAUUGAUCAACAGGUUGAUGACCUUUUAUUGGAGAAGGCAGCGGAGAAAUAUCCUUUCAAUCCUCCUAAAACAAAAGAAAGUUAUUACUACCGCCAGAUCUUUGAAAAGCACUACUCAGGGCGGAGCAGCUGGCUGCCCCACUACUGGAUGCCAAGAUGGGUUAAAGCUACUGAUCCUUCUGCACGCACAUUGAAACAUUACAAGUCGGCUACCCAAGAAUAGACUGUUCAAUUAAUCCCCAAACAAAAGUGCUGCAAACGUUUUGUGUGCACUCUGCUUUAAGAAAACCAAACAAAUUAUGCAAACCUAAAGCUUAAAUUGUCUUUAAGAUGUACUUUGACAAUGCAAUUGGAAAUGAGAGCUUUCUGUUGUUAGUGUACUAUUAAAAACUUAUGCUGCUGUACCAAAACUUUGUAAUUCAUGGGAAAAUACUUUCUGGACAAGGGACUACUUUAUUUGACAGCUCUGUUCUUUAUGUAACCUUGAUUGUAUUAAUUUUCUUUGAAAUCAUUUCCUAUGUUUUAUGUGAGCUCUGUUUUAAGGACUUGAAUCAGGCUGAGGGAUGCAAACUACUGCUAACACUCUCAGCAAAGGGGAAUUGGACUUCAGCUAUCUGGUGAUUUGUGUUCCUGGCUGAGGUACUUGGAUAAUAUAUAUAUUAUUAUAUUCUGAAUGUCCUUCUUACACAUUCCUGAAAAUCCUGAAAACCUUGGUCUAGUUUUCAAAAAGUAUUUAGAUAUUCAUAGCUAUGCAGAGAUGUUUUCUAGAAUUUAUUGAGAUGGUGCUGGGAGUUAAUUAAAUGAAUGGCAAUCUUAUUUGUUACUGUGAAGCCACCAGUUGGCUGUUCUGUAAAUGUACCAUCAGUGAAAAGACAUUAUGACUGUUAUCAAAGAGCAGAAUGGAUAAGAGAAGCCAAGUUAUGUCUUUGUUUCUAACUCAAGGACUUCAGUUUUUUAUAAAUGUAUUUAUUAUUCUUGAAAAAAUUGAGUGUUAUUGGGUCAAUUGGGUGAUGUGUAUCAGUCUGAUGGAAAUUGCAUGAGUAAGUAUUUUAAGAAAUUUUUCAUUUAUUGUGAGAGUUUUCCCACCUGUAUGAUGAAAAGGUUGACUGUGUUGCUGCUGAGCUGUAUGUGGCCACCUCUGUGGGUGAACCAAACCUGUUAACCAUAGGUUGUAGAUGGACAAAGCAUCACUGACAACAAUGGGACCAGAUGCCUUGCUUGGAAAAAACGGGGGGAAAAUGCUUCAGAAAUCACAAUCUAAUAAUCUACUGCAAAAAUACCUGCAUUUUUACCCAAGAUAAGUAGUUGAUAAAAAGUUAUGUCAUGGGGGUUAUUUUUGUGAUGGUAACUAAAGUAUAAGGGUAGUCAAGAAAUACAUUUGUCUGCUGCAGAUUGACUUGAUUAGCAUCAUGCUCUUUAUGAAAAUAAGUCUUCUUUAUUGUCCCUCUUGACUAGGAAACCAAAGCCAUUUUUAUUUGAAAGAUUAAAUAUAAAUUGUUCUGAUUUAAAACCUUCA